CUAAUUGCCUCUAAUACGGACCUGUACGUAUUUUUUAUAAUUACAAAGCUUUCACCAUAUCCGUCAGUUGUAAGAUAUUUAUUCAUGAAGUCGCACUGCUGUUUUUUAAAGUGUUCAAAAUGUCUGAUAAGAAAGUUACUAUUGUUAAAAUCGAUCAAAGACCCAAAAUUUACGAUGCUGAGGAUAAGUCUCCAAUUCUUUAUAUAGAUGUGACUAAAGAUGACAAAGAAAUUGAUAUCUUCUCAAGAAAACAUGUUAAUAGCUUUUCUGAAACGGAAGAAGAAAGUGUAAGAAUUUAUAUUGAGAAAAAUGACGACGAUGAAAAAAAAUCGCAAGAUUCUUUUUGCUCUGCAGAAGAAGUUAAAAUUAAUUGCGAAGAUCUUUAUGGUGCGUUAUCCAAAUAUGAUUUUAAUCAGAAUACCAUUGAAGAUCCACAUAAUGAGGAUUAUCAAAUGUCUCAAUCUUCAACAGAAAAUAUCAAAAUUAUUCCAGAUAAUCUCUAUAAAGAGAUAUUUAAAGGUAAUCAUAUUAAAUACUGUCCUCAGAGUGUUAAUACUAACACUCAAGAAGAAAAAAGAGCCAAAGAACUAACAUUAAAUCCUGAAAAUUUUUACGAAGAAAUUUCUAAAGCUGCUUUAACAAAUGAAGCUUUAAAAAAUCAUGAUGAGAAGUUGUUACAAGACGUUUUGAACGAAGUGAAAGUUGAUACACAAAAAGGUUACGCAGUGUACAAAGCUGCAGAAACUGAGGAUAAAACUUCGAUAACAGCAGACAAAGAUGAAAACGAAACUUCUGAUGGGUCGAUGAACUCAGAUGAUGAUCCUGUUCACGUAGCUAUGCAAAUGUUUCCUGAUAUAGACAAAAAAGACGAUUCACAGAUCGAUGUUAAAGAUGUUAUUAAACCAAAGGAGAAAACUGAGAAAAAAUCGUGGUCAGAAAUUUUCUGGACAACUGGAGUUGAUUAUUUUAAAUUAUGUUCUGAUGUAUGUACAGUUGGUUUUGUCUUUUGGGUUAUCCUGCUGAUUUUCUACAAAGGUUCUUCAUACACCAAGAAAAGUUUACCUGGAUAUCACGGACAUAAUGCAAAAUAUUAUUAAUAUGUUUCACAUUAUGUUAAUUUUGGGUCUCAACAUUAUGUAGUUAUUCUAGUAGUGCCUUAAUAAAAACAUAUUAGUUUC